UAGCAACACAACAAUUAGAAGGCAGCGACAGAGGCACAGCACCAGCCAGAUGCGCGCGGAGGGCACAGCAGAACAGUCGAGCAGAACGAGAGCAUGGUGGAACGCGCUUCGCGCACGGAGGGGAACGCGCUGAUUGACAGCUUCGGAGGCACGGAGCGCCCCACGCCGCACACGAACCGAGCCCGCUAAUCUGCCUGAACGGCUCUUGGCAAAAGCAUCUGUGCGAAAUAACCAUCCUCAUGCAUAUCAGCUACUAAACUGCCGCUGACCGGAGCCUUGCAGUCAUCACUCAAUUGUGGGAAGAAAUCAACCCCACCACAUAGCAAUGUAGCGGGCGAUAGGCUAUUGCACUGUACCUUGGCUUUAUCCUUUUCACUCAAAACGGGGCAGUCUGGAAGUAACUAAACAUUUGUUUUUUUACUUCUUCAAUACUGAGGAUAACACAUUCUUGGCACUUGCUGAACGAUUGGUGAGAGCAGUUCUGUAAGGAAAGCGCUAAUGAGUUUUUUUUAGUAGACACAUUUAUUUGGAAUAUAUUCCCGCUAUCCAAGUGACCUUUUCAUUGGAUUCUCUGUUCAUUUUCUCACUUUGACUUUCUUUGAUCUCUGAUUGUUAUAGGUUGUUGCCUGUCGAAGGUAACGGCCAAAAUUAACCGAAUUUUACAACCCAGAGAGGCAAAGAAGUUCAGGUCUGUGCGUUGGGUAUGAGCUCACAAUGUGUGUGGCUGUAGCUUCCCCAUUACUCCUUCUAGAACCGUAGCCAGCCCGUGUGGUCGAGAAGUAGUUUAGCUUCUCUCUCCCUCUGUACGUGAACACUUAGAGCUAACACCCCAUUCUAUGGAGUAGAUCGUCCGGAAAGAGACUAAUAGAGCGUUCUCCUUUCCCCCCGCCUGGUACCAACAGGCGGCUUUGGUCUAAAGGUUCUCCGGAGAAUGGUAAAUGACCGACGGGGAAUCAUGAACAGCACUUCGGAACUCGAAGAUGGACCACGGCAUAAAAACCAGACGUUCUGUGAGUGUGUACCCAGCACCUCCCAGCUUAAACACCGCUGGUCAGACUCAGACACAGUCAGAGAGACCCCAUCACCCACCAAGAGGAUGAGCUGCAGCUACCUCCUGUGCACCAUCCUGCUCUUCGUCGCCGUCCUUCUGGCCGUCACAGCAACCGGCACCAUCCUCUUCAUGAACCACUACCAGGCCCCGCCCAUGUCUGACGGCCCACCCCACAUCUCAACCAAUCCGGACGAGGCCAACGCCCUGGUAACCGUGGAGAGGGGCGACGGCUCACGCAUCAACAUCUUCAUCGACCCCAACUGUCCGGACUACAACGGGAACUUCCUACGCCUGGAAGGGGUGCAGACAUCGCUGCUCCACUCGCUGACCGACCACGACACCGACCUGAAGUCGGUCAAAGGUCAAGACCGGGCGCUGCUGGUCAACCUAGCUGAGGAGGUGGCCAAACUGUCGGCCCACGCUGGUCAGCUGAAGAUGGACUACGAGUCUCUGAGACGAGGCCAGGGGAGUCUGGGGCAGGACCUGAACACACUGCAGACAGAGCAGGGACGCCUCAUACAACUACUGUCUGAGAGCCAAAUCAACAUGGUGAAGGUGGUGAACACUGUGAGCGAUGCUCUCAGCUCCAUGCAGAAGGAGACAGGGGGACUGAAGGCUCGGGUCAAGGCUGACCUACAGAGAGCACCGGUCAGAGGGGCUCGUCUCAAAGGCUGUGCCAAUGGCUCUCGUCCUCGUGACUGUGGUGAUCUGUAUGCUAAUGGUCAGAGGGAGGAUGGCAUCUACUCUGUGUUUCCCACUCACUACCCCUACGGCUUCCAGGUCUACUGUGACAUGACCACGGACGGAGGGGGCUGGACUGUGAUCCAGCGCAGGGAAGAUGGCUCGGUCAACUUCUUCAGAGGAUGGGACUCCUAUCGUGAGGGAUUUGGCAAGAUCACUGGAGAACACUGGCUAGGUUUGAAGCAGAUUCAUGCCUUGUCCAUCCAGGGUAACUAUGAGUUGAGGAUUGACCUGGAGGACUUUGACAACAGUACAGCCUACGCCCAGUACGAGACCUUUGGAGUGGGCCUGUUCUCUGUGGACCCGGAUGAUGAUGGAUACCCACUGACAGUUGGAGAUUACUCCGGAAACGCAGCUUCUCAACAAGGACCUUGAGGACAGCAGCGCAGUUGCGGUGGACUUCAGGCUGGAUGGAAACCUAUUCAACAUCAGAAGGCUCCAAGCAACCACCAAGGUUUUGUCAGAGUAUGUUCUUUAGGUGCAGUAAGCUGACUGUGCUCUCAUGGCCCACCCUAACGGCUGUGAGGGUCUAUAGCAGGAUGGGCCUGUCUAUCAACACCACCAACACAGUGGUCUGCCAAUGGAGAUCCAGCCCUCCACCCACCAUGCCUGUCUUCACCAUUGGACACAAAUCACUGGCAAUAGUCCCGCCAUUCAAAUACAUGGGGAGCAACCUCGUAAAACAGGAUCAAGAAAGCAUCAGCUGCCUUCUGAAAACUCAGACACAUGGUCUUCCAAAACAGGGAUCUCCACCUCCACACCAAAGUCACUGUCUAUCAAGACGUCUGCAUCACCACACUUCUUUAUAACUGUGAAGCCUGAGUCACCUACAGUCACCAUAACAAGCAGCUGAUUCCACAUAAGAUGCCUGCAGCGCACCCUGGGAAUCAGAUGGUGCGACCAUGUGCCCCUUACAGAAAUACUUGUUAAAUUAAGACCAACUGCAAGAGUAUGGAGGCCAUGGUCAACCAAAACCAACUGCGCUGGCUUGGGCAUGUCAUUAGAAUGUCUCAGGAGCAGGGAAGAUCCUGUAUGACCAGCUACACCUUGGCCGGCGGUCUACAGAGGGCAGAUGAAAACGAUACAAGGACCAGCUGAAAACGUUGCUGAAUUAUUGCAACAUUAAACCCACAGACCUGGAGGACACUGCUGACAGAACGGUGUACAGAGAUAGGAAGAGGAGAAGAGCACAAAGAAACAGCAGAACAGCCCAGGAGACAUGCAACCAUGACUGGCCCCGCCAACACAGACUGCACAUGCCCCAGUUGCAAUAAAGUUUGUGAAUCUCAGUUUGGACUCAACAGUCACCAUAGGAUUCACCGUUAACUCAGAAGUGGAAGUCAUCAUCGGAUACUAUGGGCUACCGUAACGAACAAAGAUGUGUACAUGUGCGUGCAUGCACGUGUGCCUGCAUGUGUGUGUGUCUUUCUGUGUUGUACAAAGCAGUAGAACAUUCUAUUGUUGUUAUCAAUAAAUGUCACAAUAAGGUGAAGAGCAUUAGAUUUUCCUGCUGGCAAAAACCAUUGCAUGUACAGUUUUCAAGAGAUUGUUAAAUAAAUGUUAACUUUGAUUGUAAUAGCAUCACCUCUUGAAGAGCCUAGCUCUAUCAUCAGAGUUAUAUACUUAGCAAGUAAUUGCAUGAUUUUCAGUAAACAUAAUUUGAUCAUGUAAUUUCAGAUAUGUGAUGGUCGCCUCACAAUAUCUCUUAAUAUUGGCCACCAUUAAAUGGAUAUUUGAGUCAUAUAAAAUAAAAGUGAACUAUACCCGACAAGUAUGA